AUGGCAUCGCAUCGCCACCAGCAUGCUCCCGACUGGUCAGCGUUGCCGACGGAGCUGCUCCUGGAGGUGGCGAAGCUCCUGCUGCCCUCGCAACUGGGCAGUUUCGCGUUAGUAUCACGAGCAUGGCGCCAAGCGGUCCUGCCGCUUGUGACCGUCCUCCACGUACCAUUGCUCAGCAGCAUCACCUUGCCGUCAGGGCCCGCGGGCUCACAGCAAAUCGAGGUUGUGGAGCAGUACCUUGAUUUCCUGAAGCAACAGCAGAGACAACCUCAACAUCAGCGACAGCAAGUGCAACAAAAUAGCAGAGCAGGGGAAAGCGCAAACCAGACCACGCAGGAAAACGCGCCUAUCCACGGAAAAGGUUACGGGCACGGCUGUGGAAGCAAUGGAACCCACAAUUCUAACCACGCCAGCGCUCACAGCGAUGGCAUAGGUGACGUUGACGCCAAAAACCGUCAACGCGGCGCCACGGCAGGGUCCGCCGACUGCGGCGGUUUAUCCGCCACCACCCGCCCAAGCCUCGCCGCGAGUCAGCCUUCCACCAACGCCGAUAUCGGCCUCAGCCUCCAUCCUGGAAUAUCUCCCCCCUUGAUGCAGCACCUGCUCAGCCGCUUUCCCUUCGUUCGCACAGUGGGCAUGCACCGAUCACAGCUGCAGCACCCGCGGCUGGAAGUGGCGGCGCUUCAGGGGCUCUCUACCUGCCAGCCUACCGUCUCACAGCUCCACAUGUACGACACCCUGGCAUGGGACUUCCCGCAGCAACUCACCAACCUGGGUGCCCUCACCCAGCUGGUCACACUCAAGCUGUGGAGCCUCGGAGCCCCGGGGCUGGACCCCAGCGCGCAGCUGCCAGUGCGGUUGUCGUCCUUACGUUUCAGCAAGUAA